AAAACGCCGACUUUUAGAGUCGUUGUGCAGAUUUUAUUGAUUCGCAGAUAUUUGCAAACUUUUCAUAGUUUCUGCAGAUUUUUGUCAGAGUCUUUCUUUCUCGCAGACUUUCUCAAAAUGUGUGUAGUUUUCUUCUUGUUUUAGCCUACGCGAGUGAAAUUUGUUCGAAUCGCGGAUAGAUAUUUUUCAGUUUACACUUGGCAUCUCCGGCUUCUCUGCUUACACUCUCAAAUCUGAUCUGAUGAUUUGGUGGGUAAUUUCGCCAGGUUUUGAGAAACAUUAUUGAUAAACCCUGCAACAAAUUUAUUGUUGCAUACACAAAGAAAUAGAGAGUGACACACCAGACAAAACUUCGCUUCCUCAGUUGUUUUCAGCAAGCGUUGGAGAUUGCUCUUUUCUAUCGUUAUCGUGUUUUGUUUGCAAUCUAGCGUUGAAAGGGUUGAGAUUUGGUUCGUACAUCACAUUUCAGACUUUAUUCGGUUCCGUCGCUAUUUUUCGAAAAUGUCUUGGUAUUAUACUCCUCGCCCUACAGUGAUUGCGGCUGAAGAUUUUGAUGCCUCUGCCGACGCGGCAGCUUUACGGAAGGCAAUGAAAGGUUUUGGUACUGAUGAGCAGGCCAUUAUCGACGUACUAUGCGCUAGAAGCAAUCAACAACGACAGGAGAUUUCCGAAGCGUUUACUCGCGAGUUGGGACGGGAUUUAAUUGAUGAUUUGAAAUCGGAAUUGGGGGGUAAAUUUGAAGAUGUUAUCGUUGGACUUAUGUUACCACCAGCAAAGUAUCUCUGCAAGCAACUCCAUAAAGCGAUGGAUGGAAUCGGUACUAACGAGAAAACACUGAUCGAAAUUUUGUGCUCAUUGAAUAAUGAGCAAGUUAAGGAAGUGGUUGACUGCUAUGAAGAGCUAUACGAUCGCCCGUUGGCUGAACACUUGUGCAGCGAAACAUCCGGUAGUUUCCGUCGCUUACUGACAAUGGUUAUUGUGGGAUCUCGUGAUCCCCAGGGAACGGUAGAUCCUGAUUUAGCCGUCGAGCAAGCUAAUCAGCUAUACAAUGCUGGUGAAGGAAAGCUAGGCACAGAUGAAGAAGUGUUCUACAAAAUUCUAGCCCAUGCCAGCUUUGAUCAGCUGGAAUUGGUGUUCGAAGAGUACAAAAGCCUAACAGGGCGCACCAUUGAGCAAGCCUUGAAGGCUGAAUUAAGUGGCGAAUUGUAUGAGGCUCUUAGCGCCAUUGUCGAAUGCGUACAGAUGGCACCCCAUUUCUUUGCUAAACGCCUACACAAAGCUAUGGACGGCGUAGGAACCGAUGAUGCGACGCUCAUUCGUAUCAUUGUAGGCCGUUCGGAAAUCGAUUUGCAAAACAUUAAGGACGAGUUUGAGCAAAUGUACAACAAAUCGCUUCACAGCGUUGUCAAGGAUGAAACCUCGGGCGACUACAAGCGAGCUCUAUUAGCUCUCAUUGGUCAAGCUUAAUUUAUCGAAAAAGAAGUUUGUUUUAAUCUGCGCCGCCAACAUCAGUUUUACUGUGUGCAACUAGCAUUAUAUAGUCGCUGGUGUGCUAAUAUAUUUCAUAGCACAUCGAAGUUUUUUACACCAUUUUUCUCAAGCAUAGCAAACCAGCAUCGUUGCGCCUAUUUAUUACGCAUCUAAAUGGAUAAUCCAAACAACACGCCCAUCGAACAUAGUUGCAACCAAAUCGAAAAUCAUACCAGAUGCCUUGAAUCUCUUCAAAAUGGAUAUAAAACGUCGGAAUUUUUGUGUUUUUGUUUAGGCUGUAAGCUACACACUGCAGGUAUAUGUCGUUUUUGUCGACCGAUCUUUAUGUGUGCCAAUGCAGAACGAAAAAUUACUACUAUGGUGACUAAUAUAUAUGUAAAUGCCACUUAAAUAUACUGACGCUCCAAGCAUAACUGUCCCAGCGUCCAUAAGGUUUGCACAGAAUAUGGGACAGUUAUGCUUGGAGCGGCAGUAUAGUCGUAUACAGAUUGAA